AUGGAGAGAAUCAACACUGCCAGCGUGACAUACAACGAUGUCUUCCAAAACCCACUCAACUCGAGGUAUUGCUCGAACGAGAUGAAGUAUAUCUUCUCCCCCCGGAAUCGAUUCAGCACAUGGCGGCAACUCUGGGUCUAUCUAGCAGAGUCCGAACGAAGCCUUGGUCUCGACAUCUCCGAUGAAGCCAUAGCGCAGCUCAAGCAGAACACACGCAUCGAAGACGACGAGUUCGAGAUUGCUGCGAUCGAGGAGAAGCGUAGGCGGCACGAUGUCAUGGCUCACGUUCAUACGUACGGACUGAAAGCUCCGGCAGCGGCUGGGAUCAUUCAUUGGGGCGCGACGUCAUGUUAUGUCACGGACAACGCCGAUCUCAUCUUCCUCCGGGAUGCUCUUAACCUCGUACUGCCGAAGCUCGCUGGUGUGAUCCAACGCCUCAGCAAGUUUGCAAUGGCCUACCGCGACCUGCCAUGUCUGGGGUACACUCACGGCCAACCAGCGCAGCUUGUCACGGUCGGCAAGCGAGCUAGCCUCUGGAUCACGGACCUGCUGGAUGACUUACACAACCUCGAAUACGUGCGAGACAGGCUUCUCAAUAAGUUCCGCGGGGUCAAAGGUACGACCGGCACCCAGGCAAGCUUCCUGGCGAUCUUCAAGGGCGACCAGGAAAAGGUGAAGAAGCUCGACAAGCUGGUCACUGAAGCUGCCGGCUUUGAGGCAGCAGAGAUCUCAACAUCCCAGACAUACUCCCGCAAGGUCGACACAGAUGUCAUUCAUGCUCUCUCUUCUUUCGGCAGCACUUGUGAACGCAUCGGCGGUGACAUCAGACAUCUAGCAAUGUUCAAGGAGCUUGAGGAACCAUUCGAAGCAGACCAGAUCGGCUCCUCAGCAAUGGCGUACAAGCGAAACCCCAUGCGGUCGGAGCGACUAUGCUCACUCGGCAGGAAGCUGCGCAACUUCAGCGCGGAUGCGGAGCAGACGUUUGCAUCACAAUGGCUGGAGCGCAGUUUGGACGACUCUGCUAUUCGCCGGAUCACGUUGCCCGAGUCCUUCUUGUGCGCAGAUGCCUGCUUGAUCCUCCUGAACAAUGUCUCUUCUGGCAUGGUGGUCAACAAGGCGGUGAUUCAGCAGAGAAUCGAUCAGGAAUUGCCGUUCAUGGCUACUGAGAAUGUGAUCAUGGCUAUGGUUGAGCGGGGCUACUCAAGACAAGAAACGCACGAAGAGAUCCGCGUCCUCUCCCACCAAGCUGGUGCGGUAGUCAAGCAAGAAGGCAAGCCCAACGACCUCCUCGAUCGCAUCAGAGAUCGGGACUUCUUCAAACCCAUCAUCCCGGAGCUGCAGACUCUCAUCGACCCAUCCACCUUCACCGGCAGAUCUGCGCAGAUCGUCGACGAGCUUGUCGAGAUGAAGGUCAGUCCGGCGCUUCAGAAGUACGCUGAUGUCCUGGAGAGCGUUAAGGAUGCCGAGUUGAAGGUUUAG